GCACAUUUUCUCGUUGUUCGUGCGUUAGUGCUGAUCGGAAAGUGGAUUGUAAUGUUAGGGCUUCCAUACCUAUUGCAACUGAUUAUACGAUUCGUAAGUUCAUAUGGUAACAUUUGUCAGUAUUUAUAUGUUUAGGGAGGUUUGAAACUCUGUGUUUUUCUGUCAUAAAUAGCUGUCGUCACAUUCACAAGGAAACAAAAUCAAGCACAUAUGGUGAUGUCAGUUGCCAGAUUAGCAAUGUUAUCAACAUACGUAAAGUACGGAUAAAAAGAGUAUUUAAUUUCAUCUUCGAUCGUUUCAUCUUCGAUGUUCACACCAAACUCCACAUGGAAAAUUCUUGUAGCUCAGAUUUGGAAGAUAGUGAUAUUCAGCCAAUCACAGAAUGGCCUAUUACAACAAGUGACAGUCAGAAUGAAAUACAGCCAAUCAGGGAGUGGCCUGUUCAAAGCACGGAAGCGCCAUAUCAUUGCACUUCCAUUAAAAAACGAGAAACAUGCAAUGAAAAUGACAUUAGCUUCACACAAUCUGAAGCAAAGAGACAGACAUGGUAUAACUUCAGAGAAUGUGAAAAGAAAAAAGGUGAAUGCAGGAGACAGAAGCUGUGUGAUGUUAGCAAGAGCUGCCCUUGCAAGAUGGUGGAGGCAAACAGGAAAAUGUUUAAUACCAGUGUCCGAUCUUCCACAGACCCAUAACCCAAACACUCUAUUACACUACAUCUCCAGAUGCCGACCAGGCGUGGAGUUUUUGAAAAGCCAGAGAAACAAGUUGAAGACACUGAUAGACCUUGAGGGUGGGGAUGGGGAAGCCUUUGCUGCCUUGGGAACUGUGGAAGAAAGUCUGGGCAAUCUCACAGAAGCUGGACAGCAUCUGAAACAAGCUCUCACUGAAGACCCUGAUAACAAGGAAUUCCGAUGGCACCUACACAAGGUGGAGAGGCAAGUACAGGUGAAGCAACAGCAAGACAAGAUGCUCAAAGAACUUGCUGGGCGGAAAUUGGAACUGAAACCUGUCAAACAGGUAAGGCGAGUUUCCGCUAGUAAUCUGUCCAUGCAAGAGUUUUUCUACACCUAUGCAGCAACCAGUACUCCAGUGGUCAUCACAGACUUGGUGGACAAGAUGACAUCUGUCCCUUGGACGUUGCAGCACAUCUGUGAUGUCGCAGGUGAAGUUAAAGUCACCCUGAAGAAACCAGUGGGUUGGUCUGUUGAGUGGGCAGGGCUAGAGGAAGGUGACACUGUGACGGUGGGAGAAUACAUGGACCAGACCCUGAACCCCAGGGACACUGAGAGGCAGGGGAAGGAGGGGCUUCCCUCUAUGCAGUACCUGUUUGACUGGAGCCUCCCCCUACACUGCCCCAAGCUAGUGGAGGAACUCUCUAUACCCAGGUAUUUUGCAGGUGACCUGCUCCAGAGGACCAACAGAAGCAGCCUGUACCAGGACAGUUGGCCCAGUCUAUUCCUGGCUCCUGCGGGGGUUUGCAGCCAGCUACACAUCGAUGCCUUCGCAUCCAACUUCUGGAUGGCUCUCUUCCAGGGGAGGAAACGGUGGACUUUCUUCAGUAGGGAGGAUGAGGCCUCUCUGUACCCACAGUACUUCCAUUCCAUGGACCCGACAUUUGAUGUCAGCGUGACCUUGCCUGACCUCAAGGCCCAUCCUCUGAUGGCCUUGGCUCAGCCUCUGCAGUGUGACCUCAAACAAGGUGAAGUUUUGUUUGUCCCAAGUGGGUGUCCACACUAUGUAGAAAAUCUGGAGGUAUCUGUAGCGAUAUCUGCGAACUUUGUCGACCUUUCCAAUCUCUCGGCUGUGAAAACGGAACUGGAGGUCAGUGCACUUGUUGACCCCCGAGCAGAAGACCUCUUGAAGCAGCUGGAAGACCCCAAGUUUCCACAAAAUAUGGACAGUAGUAUAGAGGAGUUACCAUGGCAACAGUUCAAGUCUUGGAACCCUGAUAACUACCACCUGUUUGAUAUCACUCCUGAAAGUAUAGCAGAAAAUAAAACUUGACAAAUGUAUCGGCAUUA